AUGGAAAGCAACUGGAAACGAAACGUUAUGAACAGUAAACAGGAUAGAGGGGAAGAAUAUAUUAAUUCGGCAAAAAAACUAAUUCAAAAGAAAACUACUGGACCAAAUUGCCAUUGUAGAAAUAUAUGUUUUACUAAAGUAGACGAUACCCACAAACAUAACAUACUUGAGCAGUUUUAUAGUACGGGAGAUAAAACUAAACAAGACAUGUAUCUAGGAGGAUUAAUCAGCGUUUCAAAAGUGCAAAGGAAACGCCCGACUACAGGAGAGGAGAGAGAAAAAAACAGUACCUAUAAGUAUAAGUUACGUGUAGGAAGUCAGGAAACCACAGUAUGUAAAAAGGCAUUCUGUUCUUUGCAUGGAGUAUCAAAAAAUAGAGUGUCUCAAAUUGUCAAAAAUCUGACUCUGGGUAGUAUUAUGUCACCUUCUGAUAAACGUGGGAAGCAUUCCAAUAGACCAAACAAAAUCAGUGAAGCAAGAAUAGCGCAAAUCGAGGAACAUAUACGGAGGUUUUCCAGAAGAAAAUCUCAUUAUAGUAGGGAAGAUAAUCAGAAAAGAUCAGAUACUUGCCAGAAAUGUGACUGCUUAAACAACACAAUUGCCGCAGAAUUCAAUGCAGAAACUAAAACCCGAUUGGAAAUUGAAAAGCGUCUACAGUUACUGAAGGCCGAAAUAUUGUAUACCAAAUUAAGGAAAUAUACCAAUCUUGCUCGCGAAGAUGAAUCAGUUGAUGUCUUAAGCUUUCAUUAUCAACAAAACCUGCCACUGCCACAUAUUCCUUCAGGCGACGUAUUCUAUAAAAGGCAGUUCUGGCAAUACAACUUAUUUGUAAAUUCUGCCAAGAAAAGAGAGGCUACUUUUUAUAUGUACCAUGAGCUCACUGCCAAAAAAGGUUGUAACGAAGUGCAAAUUAUACAUCACUUUCCAGGACCCGGCCACAGCUUUGUACCGUGCGACCGUUGCUUUGGUCUGAUUGAAAAAGAAAAACGAAAGAAAGAAAUAGCAUACUUGCCUUCUGAAUGGAGAAAAUUAGUCAAGACAACGUCAAAACAGUUUCGCAUAAUAGACGUUAGGAUAUGA